AUGAUCAGGGGACCCUGGGGAUACCAGGCGGACGAGGGAAGGAUGAAGGGACCCUGGGGAGGAGCCCCAGUGGCUGUUGGUAUUGAGGGUGCAGCUCAGUUCUUAGUGCACAGCAGAGAGGAGCAAAGUUGCUCAGGAUGUUUAUGUUCAUAUUUUGCUCCCCAUCGCUUCCAGAGAUCCAGGAUCCAGGUGUGGCUCUACGAGCAAGUGAACAUGCGGAUAGAAGGCUGCAUCAUUGGCUUUGAUGAAUAUAUGAACUUGGUCCUGGACGACGCAGAGGAGAUUCACUCCAAAACAAAAUCAAGGAAACAGCUGGGUCGGAUCAUGCUAAAAGGGGACAAUAUCACUCUUCUCCAAAGUGUUUCUAACUAGAAUUUUUUUUUUCCUUAAAAACAAUAGCUACUGUGUGCCGGAGUGGAUAAAG